AUGGCUGCCACCGCCACAUCCACGGCCAUCACCACCUCGGCCACCGAGCUCCGAGGCACCACGGCCCCGCCGUCGGCCACCGCCGGCACCUCCACGGCCUACUUCGUGGCCACCACACCAAGCCGGAGGUCGGAGAUCUGCCUCCGCCUUGGAAUCGGCGUAGGAGCAGCAACCAGCAGUGCAGUCAUUGUGCUACGAUUCUUGGUUCAGGUGGCGGCGCUGCUAACGCUGGUGCUGGUGAUCGUGGUCAACCUGGCGCUGGGGCUCCUCCCCCGGGUGGACAGCUUCGCCCACAUCGGCGGCCUCAUCCCUGUGACUGUCAGAAUGUCCUGCCCACCUAUGAAUGGGCAACUUAGUCAGGGGUUCUCCAUUGACAACACCCAUGGCUCUCAGGACCCUCCAUCAUUGAAAUCACAGAGGGCCGCAAAGAAGAAAAACGUGUCCAGGAGAGGAACUGCAUUCACCAAAGAGGAGGACUUGGUGGUGUGUUCGGCAUUUCUGAAUAUUAGCAAAGACCCUAUUACUGGUACGAAUCAGACUUCAGGUGGUUAUUACAAGAGGAUGCAUGAUUAUUUCAAUGAGCAUAAGCCUGAAGGGUCCAACCGUAGCCAGAUUGCGAUUCAGCAUAGGUGGGCAUUGAUUCAGAAAGCGAUGAACAAGUUCUGUGGGCACAAAGAAGCUAUUGAUAGGCUGAAUGAGAGAGGAAAAAAUGAGCAGGAUCGGAAGAAGCAUAUGAAGAUGAGUGUACAGCAGAAAAAGAAGGAAAAUGCGAUUAGAGAGAAGGAGUCAGAGGCUCACCUGAUAUUAGCUGAGUCUAGUAUUAUGUCAGUUGACAUUGAGAAUGUCCCCCUUUAUCUGAAAAACUAUUAUCUUGGCAUGCAGCGGCAAAUCAUGGAGCGCAGAGGAUUCAUCAGCCCCUCGAACAAUGAAGACUAA